AACACCGGUUAUGUGGAACAAUAAGCAGCGGUGUGAACGUAGUCAAGCCAAAUAAAUGUUAACUGAGUUGAUAUAUUCUGCUCAUGUUUAACAGUUUCACACAGAAUAUAGUCGAUAUAUAUAUCUAUAAGAUAUAUAAUCUUGUUCACAAACGCAAGGGCACUUUUUUGCAGUGGCGCCCAGGCGGAACUUUGCAUUUUGUAGUUUUUUUGUGUUCCCCUGCAUAAGUUGACACAAUGGCGGAGGGAACCGCAACUGCAGUUGGAGCUGGUCCCGAUGUAAACACAGCCGGAAACCCGACAGAAAUCGCCAUGGCGUAUUUACAAGAUGAGAAGACUGAUGGAGACGUCACGAACCUCAACCUCGGAGAACUGGACCUCACCACUGAUGAGUUUAUCUUGGACGAAGUGGACAUUCACAUCCAGGCCAAUCUGGAAGAUGACCUUGUGAAGGAGGCGCUCAAAACGGGCGUUGACCUCCGUCAGUACUCCAAACAGGUGGAGUCAGAGCUGCAGAGGAUUGAACAGGCCUCCAUCAAAGACUACAUCAAGGAGAGUCAGAACAUUGCUCUCCUGCACAACCAGAUCACCGCCUGUGACUCCAUACUGGAGCGGAUGGAGGGCAUGCUGAGCGGCUUCCAGAGCGACCUGUCGUCCAUCAGCAGCGAGAUCCAGACUCUGCAGCAGCAGUCGGUCAGCAUGAACGUGCGGCUGAAGAACAGGCAGGCGGUUCGCAGCCACCUCAGCCAGCUGGUGGACGAGCUGGUGGUGCCCGGAGCCAUGAUCUCCACCAUCCUGGACAGUCCGGUGACAGAGCAGGAGUUUUUGGAGCAGCUGCACGAACUCAACAACAAGAUCAACUUCGCCAAAGAACUGAGCUUCAGAGAGACGCUGGCCUGCUCCGACAUCCAGGACAUCGUGGACCGCCUCAAGCUCAAGGCCGUGUCAAAGAUCCGAGAGUUCAUUCUUCAGAAGAUCUACUCCUUCAGGAAGCCAAUGACCAACUACCAGAUCCCACAGAACACUCUGCUAAAAUACAGAUUUUUCUACCAGUUCCUUCUGGCCAACGAGAGGACGGUGGCGAAGGAGAUCAGAGACGAGUACGUGGACACGAUGAGCAAGAUUUACUACAGUUACUUCAAAUCGUACAGCAGCAGGCUGCUCAAAGUGCAGUAUGAGGAGGUGGCAGACAAAGACGACCUGAUGGGAGUAGAAGACACAGCCAAGAAAGGUUUCUUCUCCAAACCGUCUCUGAAGAGCAGGAAUACCAUCUUCACUCUGGGGCAGAGGGGGGCCAUUCUGAGUCCUGCUGAGCUGGAGGGACCCAUCCUGGUCCCACAUACAGCCCAGAGAGGAGACAACAGGUAUCCCUAUGAGACACUGUUUCGCAGUCAGCACUACGCUCUGCUGGACAACGGCUGCAGGGAGUACCUCUUCCUGUCCGACUUCUUCAUGGUGGCAGGGAACUCAGCCCUCGACCUCUUCAACAGCAUCAUGGGAAAAACUCUCAGCAUGUUUCUGAAGAGCAUGUCCACGUACGUGUCCGACUGCUACGACGGCAUCGCCAUCUUCCUGUGCAUCCACAUCAUUCUGAGGUUCAGAGCCAUCACAGCCAAGAGGAACAUCCCAGCCCUCAACAAGUACUGGGAGGCGGUGCUGGAGCUGCUGUGGCCGAGGUUUGAACUGAUUCUCGAGAUGAACAUCCACAGCAUCCGAAACACAGACCCUCAGAAACUGGGAGUACUGGACACCAGACCGCACUAUAUCACUCGUCGUUACGCAGAGUUCUCAUCCGCCAUCGUCAGCAUCAACCAGACGUUCCCCAAUGAGAGAACCAACUCUCUGCUGGGACAAUUGCAGGUGGAGGUGGAAAAUUUUGUGCUGAAGAUGGCAGCAGAGUUUCCCUCCAGGAGAGACCAGCUGAUCUUCCUCAUCAACAACUACGACAUGAUGCUCAGUGUGCUCAUGGAGAGGGCAGCAGACGACAGUAAAGAGGUGGAAGGUUUCCAGCAGCUGCUCCUGGCCAGGACGCAGGAAUUCAUCGAAGAGAUUCUGUCUCCCCCAUUCGGAGGGAUGAUCGCCUUCGUGAAGGAGGCCGAGGCUCUGAUGGAGAAAGGGCAGCUGGACCGGCUGAAGAACGAGGAAGCUCGCAUCACUCAGCUGGUUCGGGGCUUUUCCUCUACGUGGAAACAGUCGGUGGAGUCCAUGAGCCAGGAUGUCAUGAGGUCCUUCACCAACUUCAAAAACGGCACCAGCAUCAUCCAGGGCGCUCUCACCCAGCUCAUCCAGUACUACCACGGCUUCCACAAGAUCCUGAACCAGCCGACGUUCCGCAGCCUGGCCGUCCGCUCUGAGCUCAUCAACCUGCACCACCUCAUGGUGGAGGUGAAGAAGCACAAGCCCAACUUCUAACGCUGACAGUUCAGCAAACCACCUGCGGGUCUGGAGGCGUCGAUUCCCUCCAGGUUUCUCCUUCUCGUCUUCAGCUGAAGAAACAUGAACAUUCUGCCGUGAAGCUGAAAGUGAACCAAGUCGCUCUGCACUAAAACAGGACCAAAUACUUAGAGAUCACAAAAUGAAACAAGUUGUACGAUACGAAACACAGAUUCAUUUAGUCAGUUACACCUGAAGUCAUAAUCCUUCACAUUUCAGUCUGGUUGCUUUGGGACUGGUUGUUUGUCGGCGUGCAGCAGCGCUUGACUGUUUUCUGUCAUCACGUUUGCGAUGAACGGUUGCAGUCAGUCGGUGCAGUUCCUGUGGCUGCUUCACAAUAAAAGCAAGUUGAAAUAUUUUAUUGUGAAACAGCAGCCAUGUUAGCGGUUGUGUUAGCAUCGGCCGCACUUCAGUCCUGAAGUGAGAUACACUGAGGUACAGGCUGCAUCGUUUCCUGUCGGUCUGGAGGUAAUCUGAGAGCAGCGUAUUCCAUGACCAUAUGGAGAGGUGAUGACAGAGUGCAGCUGCACCACAUGGCUGACCACAUUUUGUGACUAAAAUCUGAAGGAUUGUAGACAAAAACUUGUUUAAAAUGGUCCUUCAUUCGUUUAAUGGUGAAAAUAUGUAAACUGAAAUACACAAGUUCACUAAUGAAGCAACAAAGCUCCCAGCUUGUCUGUGAAUCUGAGCUUAUCAUGAAACACUGAACAGAAGCGUUUUGUGUGGUUUUGUCUUUGUUUUUUAACUGAACCCAAAAGAAGCUCCUGCAAAACGCUGAAGUUGAAGAACUGAGAGGCAGCGUCACGAGACUAAAGCUGCUGAUGUUCUGGAUUUUUCUUCUUGUCAUUAAAUCACAUGAAAAGACCUGAAA